CUUAUACUGUUUUUUUUUGAGAAAUUCGUAGAAGUUGAAGCAGCAGAGAACCCAUCAUGAGAGCUGGUUUGAGUACAAUCCAGCAGACAUUAACCCCAGAGGCGGCGAGUGUUCUGAACCACUCAAUCGCCGAAGCAGCUCGUCGGAAUCACGGCCAAACCACACCACUCCAUGUCGCUGCAACACUUUUGGCCUCUCCAUCUCGGUACCUUCGACAAGCCUGCAUUCGAUCUCACCCAAACUCUUCUCACCCACUCCAAUGCAGAGCACUCGAACUUUGUUUCAGUGUUGCCCUCGAGCGUCUCCCUUCAGCCCAGAACCUCUCCCCUGGUAUUGACGCCCCAAUCUCUAAUGCUCUCAUGGCUGCGCUCAAGCGAGCUCAAGCCCAUCAACGCAGAGGCUGCCCAGAGCAGCAGCAACAACCCCUUUUAGCCGUAAAGGUGGAGCUUGAACAGCUCAUUGUUUCGAUCCUUGAUGACCCAAGUGUGAGCCGAGUCAUGAGAGAGGCUAGCUUUUCUAGCCCUGCUGUCAAAGCCACCAUAGAACAGUCUCUGAAUGCUUCAAGCUCCAUUAAUUCAUCUACAAUUGGCGGCGGAUUGGGGUUCCGCCCUGCACAAACGGCGAAUAGGAAUCUGUAUCUGAAUCCCAGGUUGCAGCCGCAGCAGCAGCAGCAGGGGAGUUCACCUCAAUCUGGACAGCAGAGAAGCGAAGAGGUGAAGAAGGCUUUCGAUAUUCUAUUGAGAGCAAAGAAGAGGAACCAGAUACUCCAUCUUCACCGACCAUUUCGAUACUCGAUUUCUUCUCCGCAACAAUGA